CAUGCGUGAAAAUUUUACCUCGCUCUCUCUCUCUCUCUUUGUGCUCCCUCAGAAUGACCGGUUUCUAAUUGUCUAAUCUUCCCCCGCAUGCAUUCGCGAAUAUUCUCGUAGAUAUCGAUACUCCCGCAUUUUUGCGACUUUUCAGGCGCGGUCGCGAAAAGCGUCGUAAAAAUCCGUUGGACGAGUCGAUAAAUUUUCGCACGGUUCUUGCUCCUUGCCGAUCAAGUUUAUAGACCGCUUCGCAGUGCGUGAAAAGUUUCCACCGAUGUAAAACGUUCGUUAAUUGACGCAAAUAUCGCCGCUCUAAUACAAGUAUAGACCGCGUCGCGGAAGUGCGGCGAAAGUGUAGCAAACAACGUAGGACGCGCUGCAAGAUGGAUGCUGCGCAACACGGAGAGCGGCAGCGGACAUGGACGAACAUUGGUGGAUCUAGUUGGAUGCAAUGGAACAUCAUCAAUAUCAUCAUCGAUCCAGAUCCAGAUCUCACUCGCUCCACUCUCGUUAUCGUAAGCACCCUCAAGCAGCGUGCCCACGUCAUCUCACGCAUGCGCUGUAGCAUCGUAAUUGCAUCUAGCAACUCUGCCUUAAAGUUGUGCGAUAGGGAUAUGUACCUAACCUCAUUUCAGCUGCUCGUACAACAAUCAAUAAGUAAUCCUGAAUGCAUCCCAUUAGAGAUGUUAAAAUUACAUAUUAAAAGUGAUGGAGUUAUUAUUGCGGUGGAAGCAUUGAGUCCAAAAUGGACAGAAAAGCGUUAUUUUUUACACUAUGAAGCACCUGAGAUAUACGAUGAAAAUGGUUCAGAAAUUGUGGGUUAUAAAGAAUAUUGGAUAGAACUUAUCAACUAUAUUAUUGAAGAUUUAACUUGGUUAUUGAAUCUUCCAUUUUAUCGAUUCUGGUCUAAUGUUAUAUAUAAUACCUCAAUUAUAGAUACAUUAGUAUCUUUUCUACAAGAAGCUCCACCCUUUUAUGCAUUAGAAACUUUUCCUGCCAUACCAGAAAUGCUUGAAGCACUAGAAAAACUUCGUUAUAAUGUGCUUAUGAUUUUCAUUCGUCUUGUCACAAACAAAGAAAGUUUAACAGAAUACAUACAACAUCCUUAUUUAGGAAAUUUAUUAUAUAAUAAUUAUAUAUUUACAGUACCUAUUAUAUUUGAUUUAUGUCAACUGUAUGGCAGAGAAAAUGACAAACUCAUAGAGAAAAUCUUACAUAACAUAUUUAGUAUGCAGCCGUUAUACAAUGAUGAUCUUGAAAAAUCUGUCCCAUGUCUUAUAAAGGCUCUUAAAAAUGUGGAACAAAAAUUUGAAGAUUGCCCAACUGACACAAUGGAAGCAGUAGCACUUUCAGAAAGAGGAUGUGUUGCUGAGAUGACACUGUAUAAAUUAGAAGGUUUAAUAUUGUAUGUUUUGGAUUUAUCAUCAACUCUUGUUAUAUUAUUGAAAUGUAAUCCUCCAAUAGUCAGCAUAUUUCAUAGGGAAGAUUUUAUGAACAAAAUACUUUCAAUAUAUGGAAAUACAAUAUCUCAGAUGUAUAAGACAUUAGACAGAUUAGCACAUAAUGAUAAAGAUAUGCCAAAAUAUAUUGAACUAAAGCAUUAUUUGGAUGUAACCAGAGUGGAAAUCUUGAACCUUUACCGAACUAUAGUGUAUGAACCUAUAUCAAAUAUUCAAAAGAAAAUGGAUACUAUAACAGAAGAUGAAGUCAGAAAUUUUAUAGAUCAAUAUCUGUAUUCAUUGACAAAUGCUAUAUCUGAAAAAGAAUUUAUUAUAGAUUAUCACAAAUUUUAUCCGAUUGAUUACGACCUUGAAGUUGUAUCGAAAUUUUACCCCGACGUUGACUAUAUUUUAAAUUCACUAUAUGUAUCAAUUGGAGACACUAAAAUACCAACUAAUAUAUCCUCCAAAGAUAUAACUAUAAGUAAUGCUGGAUUUAGCGGCGUUCAAGAUAAUCAGCAAAAUGAACAUUGUAAUAAUGUGAGUUAUAGAAAUAAGGAAUUGGAAACUAUUUCGAAUGAUUCUGACCAAUUGAUGUCUCAUAUCUUGAAAGUAAAAGAAAUUUUAUGUGAUUAUGAUGAAAAUUUUAUACAGAUAUGUUUGAAGCAUUACGAUUAUAACGUUGAAUCUGUGAUAAAUGCUGUUUUAGAAAAUACUUUACCAUCUAAUUUGAAAAAAUUAAAUGGAACAUUACCACACAUAGUACCAGAUUCUUUGGAAUCGCCAACUGAUGUCAAUUCAGCUAUUAAUGACCAAAGAUUAAAUAUUUUGGAUAAUGAUGAAUUACAUCUUCCAGCUUUAUCAAAAAUGUAUAGAAAGGAAAGAAAAGAAAAAUAUAAAGACGCAAAUGAAAUGUUGAAUGAUAAAUCUUGGAUUGAUAAAUCUAUUUAUGGGAAGUAUAAUAUUAUAGAUGAAGUGGAUGAUUACGAUGAUGAAUAUGAUGAUACAUACGACAGCCAUAAUAUUCGAAGUGCAUUAGAUUCUACAGAAAUAGAACCUAGACCUUUUACUACACCAAGAGUAUUAUGCACAAGCGAUAAAUCUAAUGCCAAUUCCGAAGAUGAAACAGAAAUUGAAAACGAGAAAUCAAUACAAAAUAUUGAUCAUUUUAUACAAAAUCCCAUGGAAAUGCGGAUUAAAAUGGAGCAACGAAAACAAUUAAAAGGAAAUCAAAAUUCACAUAAUGUAGUCGAUAAAUUUGGAAAUCAGGAGCAAAAUAAAGAAAUACUUAUUAAGGGACACAAAAAAAAUACAUAUAAAGAUUCACAGAGCAAUCAUAAUCGUCGUACAGCUAAUCAAAUGAAAAAGAGACAAGGAAUGAUUCCGUUUUAGAGCUACGUAUAUCUGCAAAUAUGAAAAAGAUGUAUAAUGUAUA